AUGGGCCGGCGCAACCGUCGCAACUCGUUCAGUGGCAAGACCGACGAGGAGACGAGAAAAGCAGUGGACCUAUGGGCGCGAGGACUCGCAAAGGCCUGCAACAUUAAAGGAGACGACGCGGGCCGCUUCCGCGGCGUCGCGAACGUCGGGCGGCUCGAGACGAACGCGGAUAUCAGUUGCGCGCGGUGGGCGCCGGCCGGACGCGUGCGCUGCCGAGGCAAAGUAGAGAGACGCCUCGCCGACUGCGUGCUGAUCAAAACCGGCACGGGCACGGCGUGGGCCUUCGCGAGCGACUGCCACGCCUCAUCAACAUCUGCAGACGAUGGUUCGAUAGCUUUGUGUCGCGGCGGCGAGGAUCUUGGAAAGGCGGGUCUCUGGGAGGCCAAGGCUGCAAGGUGGCGGCGCACGGUACUGAUAAACGGCUGCGAGGUCCACGCCCUCGAGGACGCCGCGGACGACGACGACGGCUGCGACGGGCUGCGGACGCUCUGGCCCGCUGCCUUGGCCUGUUCAAGGUUACUCGAAGACGGCGUCGUGGAUGUGCAAAACAAAGCCAUCAUAGAAUUAGGUGGAGGGUGCUGCGUGCCCGCCGUCGCGGCGGCUAUCCUGGGCGCGUCGUCGGUAAUCGCGACGGAGAUGCAAGCGUCGAUGGCCCAACUCGGCGAGAAUUUGUUGGCGAACGGUCAGACACGUAUCAGUGCGAGGUGUCUCGACUGGCGCGAGCCCCUACCGGCGGAUUUGAUCGGCGAUCUUAUCUUAGCGUGCGACUGCACCUACAAUGCGUCAUUACAUGAGCCUUUGUUGCAAACACUCGUCGCAUUGUUCGCACGACAACGGAACGCAAAAGCCUUAAUUGUCUCCGACGAGGCGUCGACGCCGAACGCCGCGCGCACGCUCGCGAAAUUCCAAAAGGCUUGUGUGGAGAACGGCCUCGUCAUCGGCGAGAUCCCCGACGGCGCCUGGCGGCGGCGGUCGCCGCAGACGAUCCGGGCCUUCAUGGUCGUGCCGCAGCCGCCGCCUUCACCAAAAUCCGCCUUAAUCCCGCCCGGGUCCCCGCCGCGCGCCACCAAAAAAAACGUGUCCUGGGCGGACGGCGGCGGCGGGGCUUCGAAGAAGACUGGGCGGCGGCGGAAGAAGGGGGGGAAGUAG